UCGAUGUGCAGAGAUUUCUCAAAUCUCAAGUUAAUAUUUUUAAAAUACGUCACAGGUCCUCUUGAAGUGUAGUUCAAUAUAAUUUAUUGAUCUCUUUAAUUGAUUUUGUGUAAUUUAUGGAAAACAUUAUUAAAGUAUAUGAAUUAUUAACUUUAUAAUAUACGGAUUUUAGAUGUGCCCUAACGCUGUGGUAAAUCCCCUGUGGCUGUGACUCAUAAAUAUUUAUUCUGACCUGAGUCUUGACUAUUUCUUGGUUGUGAAAUUAAAACCUGAUGAUAAUAAUGUGUUUACUUGCAUAAUAUGUUUGGACGUACACAGUACGACGAAGACGAUUAUUUCGACGGUUUCUUAGAGAAAAUAACAACAACUGGCAAAAUGAGCUCCGAACCAGCGUUGUAUAUAACUGGUAUCGGUGUGAUGUCUAUUUUGAUGGUCGUUUGCUGCUAUUUCUGCUGCUGCCGUCGUAAUCGCGGACAAGUGUUAUCGCCGCCCCCGACGAACGUACAAGUGCAAGUGCCAUAUCCUCAGCAGCAGUACAAUGCGCCUUAUCAGACGCAAGUGGUAACGACAUACCCAGUGCACACAGGGGCACAAGUCGCAUACCCGCACUCCACGGGGCAGCCCUACCUUGCGAUGCCCACGGCCAGCCCGAACCCGGCUCCUGCGCCCUACUCCUCUGCGCCCUACCCCACUGCGGCGUACCCCACUGCGGCGUACCCUGGGGCGCCUUACCCCGGGGCAGGGUACCCAGGAGGAGCCUACCCGCCUUCAGCACCGAGCGCGCCUGAAGCUAAUGCGAUGCCGCCCUCAUACGAUCAAGCAGUGUGUGCCAAACCGCCUCCGAACAACCCGUACGCCUCGCAGUAGAGAUGCAAUACAGCUAAUGUGUAUGUGAUAUAACCACACUUUUGUCCUAAAGUGCUAUCUCUGUACUCUAUUCGAUCCUUCAUUUAUUGCUGCUUGCAAAUUAUAGAAAUACAAGCAAUUAAAAUGUGGGAUAUUACUCCAUAUCUUCAAUAUAUGUAAACUAAUUUCGA